AUGAAACAUCCAUUUCAAAUAUUAAUUACAAAUAAGAAAGGUACUCAUAUUUUUGCCAUUGUGAAAAAUUAUUUACAAGUUUUUGAUAUUUCCAAAGGUGGAGGAGAUGAUGAUAUUAAAGUAGGUGAAUGGCAAGAUACCACUGAAUCAAAUCAUCCAAAAAUUCAAAUUGAAAAACGUACUGGUAGACAAAUUUCAACUCAACAAAUUCAUAAUCAUCUUAGAUAUUUAAUACUUACCCCUGAUGAACAACAUAUUAUUGCAUCGACAGAUUCUGAUAAAUCAAUAUUAAUUUUCAAAAUAGAUUUUAAUAAUUCAAUUAAUUGUUUGAAAUUAAUUAAACGUCAACCAAUCCCAAAACGACCAAGUUCAAUUACUAUUGAUUCACAAGGACAACGUGCAAUUGUUGCUGAUAAAUUCGGUGAUGUAUAUACUGUAUCUAUUAAUGAUGAUUCUAGUAUGUCAGAAAUAGAAAUAGAAAUAGAAAAAGAUAUACAACCGAUUUUAGGUCAUGUUUCAAUGUUAACUGAUAUAACAAUGGCCACCACCCAUCACAAUAAUAAUAAUAAUAAUAAUAAUAAUAAUAAUAAUAAACAAUUCAUUAUAACUGCUGAUCGUGAUGAACAUAUUAGAAUAUCUAAUUAUCCCAAAAGUUAUGUAAUAAAAAAUUUUUUAUUUGGUCAUGAUGAAUUUGUAUCUCAAUUAUAUAUCCCUGUUCAAUAUGAUCCUAGUAUUUUGAUUAGUGGAGGAGGUGAUGAUUUUAUAAAUAUUUGGAAAUGGUAUGAAGGUGAAUUAAUAGAAACUAUUCAAUUAAGACAAUAUAUUGAAUCAUAUUUAUCAGAUGAUCAUUUACCACCUACAAGAUUUAGAACUGAAACUUCACCAAAAGAAAUCUCAAUUGCUAAAAUUGCAACUUUAAGAACUAAUGAUGAAGAGGAGGAGGAGGAUCAUUUAUUGAUUGUUUUAGUGGAAAAUACUCCAGUGCUAUUGGUAUUCAAUCUUGAUGAUUCUUAUAAGGCCAAAUAUUUACAAGCUAUAAUUGUUAAUGAUUCAAUUAUUGAUUUUGCUAUUGCUGCUGAUAAUAAAACAAUUAUAACUUCAUUAGAAUCAGAACAACAUUCUAUAAAAUAUUUCACUUUACAAGAAGAAAAUGAUGGGAAGAAAUUUUCUGAAAUUCAAGGACCAAAUAUUGAACAAUUCAUCCCAAUUGAAGUUGAACAAAAACUGGAUUUUCAACAAUUAUAUACCAUUUUCCAAUUAAGAAAAAGAAGUGAUAGCUAA